ACGGCGGUGGCGCCCGGACCCCGAGACUUCCAAGUAAAGAAAACUCCCUUCAAAAGACCUGGAAUUCUGGAUUCAGAGGCUGCUUGUGCAGGACUUCUUGCUCGCUGGCAGCCUUUCGAAGUCGGUUUGCAGACUGGAGUUUCCAGUAUGGCCUCUGCACCGACUUCUAAAUAUAAUUCACACUCCUUGGAGAAUGAGUCUAUUAAGAGGACUUCUAGGGAUGGAGUUAAUCGGGAUAUCGGUGAGGCUCUUCCUCGACUUCCAGGAGAAACCCGCAUCACUGACAAAGAAGUUAUUUACAUAUGUCCUUUCAAUGGCCCCAUUAAGGGAAGAGUUUACAUCACAAAUUAUCGUCUUUAUUUAAGAAGUUUGGAAACGGAUUCUGCUCUAAUACUUGAUGUUCCUCUGGGUGUGAUCUCAAGAAUUGAAAAAAUGGGAGGCGCCACAAGUAGAGGAGAGAAUUCCUAUGGGCUAGAUAUUACUUGUAAAGACAUGAGAAACCUGAGGUUCGCGCUGAAACAGGAGGGCCACAGCAGAAGAGAUAUGUUUGAGAUCCUCACGAGAUAUGCCUUCCCCCUGGCCCACAGUCUGCCAAUAUUUGCAUUUUUAAAUGAAGAAAAGUUUGACGUGGAUGGAUGGAUGGUUUAUAAUCCAGUUGAAGAAUACAGAAGGCAGGGCUUGCCCAAUCACCAUUGGAGAAUCACUUUUAUUAAUAAGUGCUAUGAACUGUGCGACACUUACCCGGCUCUCUUGGUGGUUCCAUAUCGCGCCUCAGAUGAUGAUCUCAGGAGAGUUGCAGCUUUUAGAUCCCGAAAUCGAAUUCCAGUGCUGUCAUGGAUUCAUCCAGAAAACAAGACGGUCAUCAUGCGUUGUAGUCAGCCUCUUGUUGGUAUGAGUGGUAAACGAAAUAAAGAUGAUGAGAAAUAUCUCGACGUCAUCAGGGAGACGAAUAGACAAAUUAACAAACUCACAAUCUAUGAUGCUAGACCCAAUGUAAAUGCAGUGGCCAACAAGGCGACAGGAGGAGGAUAUGAAAGUGAUGAUGCGUAUCAUAACGCCGAACUUUUCUUCUUAGACAUUCAUAACAUUCAUGUCAUGCGGGAAUCUUUGAAGAAAGUCAAAGACAUUGUUUAUCCUAAUGUGGAAGAAUCCCACUGGUUGUCCAGUUUAGAAUCUACUCACUGGUUGGAACAUAUCAAGCUCGUUUUGACGGGAGCCAUCCAGGUCGCAGACAGGGUUUCUUCAGGGAAGAGCUCGGUGGUGGUGCACUGCAGCGACGGAUGGGACAGGACUGCCCAGCUGACAUCCCUGGCCAUGCUGAUGUUGGACAGUUAUUACCGGAGCAUCGAGGGCUUUGAAAUAUUGGUCCAAAAAGAAUGGAUCAGUUUUGGACACAAAUUCGCAUCUAGAAUAGGUCAUGGCGAUAAAAACCACGCCGACGCUGACCGAUCUCCUAUUUUUCUCCAGUUUGUUGAUUGUGUAUGGCAGAUGUCAAAACAGUUCCCUACAGCUUUUGAGUUCAAUGAACGGUUUUUGAUUAUAAUUUUGGAUCAUCUGUACAGUUGCCGCUUUGGUACUUUCUUAUACAACUGUGAGUCCGCUCGAGAGAAACAGAAAGUUACAGAAAGAACUGUUUCUUUAUGGUCGCUGAUAAACAGUAAUAAAGACAAAUUCAAAAAUCCCUUCUACACUAAAGAAAUCAAUCGAGUUUUAUAUCCAGUUGCCAGUAUGCGUCACUUGGAACUUUGGGUGAAUUACUACAUUAGAUGGAACCCCAGAAUCAAGCAACAACAGCCAAAUCCGGUGGAGCAGCGCUACAUGGAGCUCUUGGCCUUGCGCGACGAGUACAUAAAGCGACUUGAGGAGCUGCAGCUCGCCAACUCUCCCAAGCUUUCCGAUCCCUCGACCUCACCUUCUAGUCCUUCGCAAAUGAUGCCCCACGUGCAGACUCACUUCUAAUAAAGGAAAUAGCUGACUUUCAUUCGGGGCCUCUGUACAGAGUAGGUUAAAAUAUUUGCCUCCAUGUAGAACUUGAACUAACAUAAUCUUAAACUCUUGAACAUGUGCCUUCUAGAAUACAUAUUGCAAGAAAACUACAGUGUCUACACGGCAAUUGGAAGAAAGGAGCCCAGAUGGGGUUUUGGAAAAUCCUGAUACCUUCCAGAAGCAGUUUUUGAAAGAUAAUAUUUAAAUUAUAUUUACCUCUUCAGAAAUACUAUGUGUACAAUAUGUAUCUUGUGGGCCUCAUUGGAACAACAUUUUUAACUAAAGGGGAAAGAAUAUAUGUUUGUGAAAUGGAUUUACCUCGAACUGCUUACAGUAGUUGCUUAGGGUGAUCUAAAAGGAACCCAAAUGUGAAAGAUGUGUGUUCCUGCCAAAACCAAAUUGAGCUCAGCUUCCAAGGCAUAAUCCACAAGCAAGGUGUUUAAAUAAUUGCCAAAUUUCAUACCAUCGUAAGUGUGAUGACUUAAGGACAAAUAGCUGUGUAGAUGAGCUUUCCAUCAUUUUGAAAUUUUGGAAUAUGAAGUAUUUUCCCCAAGAGAAGCAUAUUUUUAUAUUUAAAAAAAACUGAUAACGCCCAGUUAAAUAUGAUUUGAUUGUUUUUAACAUUGCCAGUUCUGUUUCCUAAGUUCUUUCAUGAGCUUGCCUAGGAUUCUGACCUAUUUUCAGGUGGUAGAAACCCCUUCUAUAGCACUGUUUGAAGAUGUCGGAUGCAUUAUGCUGCUUAUGUGAAUGUUUUCGCAAACGCUGCUCUAGUCAAACUAGCUGAUCUGCCAAAGUGUCGGGUUGACCAUCUUGGAUGUGUGAGCUGUCGCUAGAGCAGCAUCCUUUGAAAUAAAAGCCGCAGAUGUA